UAAAUUUGCGUUAUCCUCUUUGGUUUCUUGUUCGAAACUGGUGCUUAGGUUUCUCAAAAUUUUCACUGGAGCUUCUACUUCUCUUUCUCUCUCGAAUCUCGAUCGGAGGUGAGUUUUAGCUUAGAUUGCCAUUGGUUGCAGUAAUGGCGCAAUACGAUCUCACUCCGCGAAUUGCACCUCUCCUUGAUCGCCAUCUCGUCUUCCCUCUACUGGAAUUCCUUCAAGAGAAUAAGCUAUACCCCGAUGACCAGAUCCUCAAAGGAAAGAUUGAGCUUCUCAACAAAACAAACAUGGUCGAUUACGCCAUGGACAUCCAUAAGAGCCUCUACCACACUGAAGAAGUUCCUCAAGAUAUGGUUGAUAGGCGUGUCGAAGUUGUUGCGAGAUUGAAAUCUCUGGAAGAGUCGGCUGCGCCAUUGAUUUCGUUUCUUCAGAACCCUAAUUCUGUUCAGGAACUCCGGUCUGAUAAGCAAUACAAUAUCCAGAUGCUUAAGGAGCGAUAUCAGAUUGGGCCAGAGCAGAUAGAUGCUUUAUAUCAGUACGCCAAAUUUCAGUUUGAAUGUGGAAACUACUCUGGUGCGGCUGACUAUCUAUAUCAAUACAGGGCUUUGUCUACAAAUGGUGAAAGGAGCUUGAGUGCCUUAUGGGGAAAGCUUGCUGCAGAGAUACUAAUGCAAAAUUGGGAUAUUGCUUUGGAGGAGCUUAAUUGCUUGAGAGAAAUCAUUGACUCAAAGGUUGACUCAAAGAAUUCUGCAUCGCCAUUGAAUCAGUUGCAAAGUAGAAUUUGGCUGAUGCAUUGGAGCCUGUUCAUAUUUUUCAAUCAUGAAAGUGGCAGAACGGGGCUCAUUGAUUUAUUUUUCUAUGAUAGGUAUAUAAAUGCCAUCCAAACAAAUGCACCACAUCUUUUACGUUACUUGGCUACUGCAUUUGUUGUUAACAAAAGGAGACGACCUCAACUGAAAGAAUUUAUCAGAGUCAUCCAGCAGGAACAGCACUCCUACAAGGAUCCAAUCACAGAGUUUCUAGAAUGUUUAUAUGUUGACUAUGAUUUUGAUGGUGCUCAAAAGAAGUUGCAAGAGUGUGAAGAUGUAAUUCUGAAUGACCCUUUCCUUGGAAAACGAGUUGAAGAAGGAAACUUUUCUACUGUACCACUGUGGGAUGAGUUCCUUGAAAAUGCACGACUCUUUAUAUUUGAGACAUAUUGCCGAAUUCAUCAGUGCAUUGAUAUGGGAAUGCUUGCUGAAAAGUUGAAUAUGAACUAUGAGGAGGCUGAGAGAUGGAUUGUUACUCUUGUUCGGAAUGCAAAGCUUGAUGCUAAGAUUGAUUCCGAGUCCAGGACUGUUGUCAUGGAGCCCAAUCAUCUCGAUGUUUAUGAGCAGAUCAUAGAGAAUACAAAGGCGCUAGCAGGACGGACUUACAAAUUGGCACAUCAGGUUCUUGAAGCUGCACCGGCACAGGCUGCACGAUAGGGUGUCCAGGUGCCAAUUUCUUGGGUACUACCAUUGCCCGAUUCAAGUCAAUCUAGUACUAGAUAAAAUUCUAUUUUUAAAGAUUUUGGUUAUUUAAGUGGUAGGAUCUGCAAACAAACUGGUGGAAUUUUUUGGAAUCACACCAGGAAGAAAGGGAAAGCCGACGGUCAAAAUUUUUGCUGUGGCUGAUUAUAUCCUUACAUGUUCUUUAAGAAACCGAUUUUUUGUUUCCAGUAUUCCUUAUUUGUUUUGUGUUGAAUUCAAUGCAGUGUAACCUACACAAGAGUACAAGACCACGCGAGAAAUGUACUAAUAGUGUUUAGUUUUUUCGAAUGAUCAACACUCCUUGAAAUGGUUUUGCACUAGUGGAAUACCCAUUUUGGAGGAAAA